AUGGAGGGACUGAGAAGGGGGGUUGGGUCUGGCUCAGCUAUGGUGCUUGUGGUGCUCUUGUGCUUUGUGCUGGUGAUGGUUCCGGAAGUAUCAGCUACUCGAUUUAUAGUGGGAGGAGGGAGCAAGGGGUGGACCAGCAAUGUAAACUAUACUAUCUGGGCUCAAGACAAACACUUCUACAAUGGAGAUUGGCUCUUUUUUGUUUAUGAUAGGAACCAAAUGAAUGUUCUAGAGGUGAACCAGACAGACUAUGUGUCAUGCAAUGCUGAUCAUCCCCUUCACAACUGGACUACUGGAGCUGGAAGAGAUGUGGUUCCACUGAAUGUGACCAGGCACUACUAUUUCAUAAGUGGCAACGGGUUCUGCUAUGGUGGCGUGAAGAUUGCUGUUAAAGUCGAAAACCCGCCUCCACCUCCCUCAGCUGCCCCAUUGAAGAGCAAGAGCAGUGCUCUAACACCUGCUUACAGAUCCCAAUUUGUUUUACCUGCCGUUUUUGCCAUUGGUGCAAUGUGGGAUGCAUUGGUUCGGUUCUGUUAA